AUGACUCUUGCCAAAGAUAUAAACAUCGUUUCGACAUUUCUCUCUCACGAGCAAGUACGACUGGAUCCAUUCACAGACAAAUUUCAACGUCACGACACGAUCGUGCUCUGUGUCAGCGCGAUCUUUCACUGUGCCGAAACACUCUUCAGAGCCCUCCAACGACAAGGUUCAGAUCUAACACCCACACUCGUGCUAUGCGGUGGAAUCGGGCACUCGACACCUCACCUCUAUGCCGCAGUGGCAAAGAACCCUCGCUAUGCACAUCUUGCUGAACAAAUCACCGGACUGCCAGAAGCUCAAGUCAUGGAAAAGAUCCUCGAUGCCUGUUUCUCUGGAAGCAAUGUCCGAAACUCUGGCGUGAAGGUGCUGGUGGAAGACAAAAGUACAAACUGCGGUGCCAAUGCUACAGAAACGAGAAAGUUGUUGCGGAAGAAUGGGUUACUGGUGUCUGGAAGCAAGGUCUUGAUUAUUCAGGAUCCGACGAUGAGUUUGAGGACAAAGAUGUCGUUUGAGAAAGCUUUUGAAGGCGAUAGAGUGGCAUUUGAGGCUUGUCCUACUUUUGUGCCUAUGGUUACAGAGGUGGAGGGUAGAUUGAGGUUUGAGAGCCGUGAAGCUGUCACAGAGGAUGACUUGUGGGAGAUGGACAGAUUUCUGGGAUUGAUCUUGGGAGAGAUUGUUAGAUUGAGAGAUGACGACUCGGGCUAUGGACCAAAGGGGAAAAGAUUCAUUGGGCAUGUAGAUGUGCCUGACACGGUGCUCGAGGCGUAUGCCAGACUCGAGAGAUCUGUCCAGGCAAAGAGGUAG